AUGCCACACUCGCCUCCACGAGACAAGGGCCGAUACUGCUAUGUGAAGCCCAGCUGCACUAAGGGCCGCGACGACGCUCCCAAGAUUCUCGGGGCGUUUACGGGAUGUAACGGUGGCGGCACACACAGCUUCAAGUUUGUUUUCCAGAACCAGUCGGUCUUCUGGAAGCUCGGCAGCAAAGACGUCAACAUCUACGGGGAUCUCGGCAAUGACAGGUCCAUCAUGGACGGGCCACGGCCAAGUGUACUGGGAGGAGAUUCAAACGAAAAAGAGCGUAAGCCGUCCCGGAUGGACUCCAGCGCUGGCCGUCUAAUGCAGCGACAUCAGCUCCUGAGAUCAAUGUUGCUCUCCUUCGAGGGUGUUGAGACAGCGACCAUGUCCCACCUUCGCAUGCGCAACCCGCCCAACUGGUUCAACUUGAUCGUCAAUAGCGCUGAUGUGGUCAUCGGCGACGUGGAUUUCCGGGCAACUGUGAGCCGACGCACAUAUAAGAACUUGACCCCUCAGGCCGGCAUGCUGGUCCGUAGUGCCCCAGACCGCUGCAGCAACAUCCGCGCUGAAAACGUCACCAUCACUGUUCCAAGUGGAAAGCCGCCUGUUUAA